GUGGUUGGUCUGAAGUAUUGAGAAUGAAAACGAAAGUAGACCUUUUAUAUUGCAGUGUACAGAAUGGCGACAGGUCCCGACUCUGAAAAUGAGACCUUUACUGUGGCCAGUGACUCUGACGAUCAGAUCAGCGAUGAGUCAAACAGUGACGAGGAUUCAGAUGUAGAGGACGAUUGUCAGUCUAUUGUGAAGAAGCCCUGCAAGUAUUACAACAGUGGCCACUGUCGGGAUGGAAAGAGGUGCCCUUACAGGCACGUCUGCAAGUACGCCCUGAACGGAAACUGCAAAUAUGGGUCGAAUUGUAAACUGAAUCACCCCAAAGGUGGAAGCGAGGGGUCUCAUGCAAGCAGCAGGGCUUCGGAUCAAUCAACAUCUAGAGAUCCAGUCCUUACUGAUGGCCGAUUCUACCAAUGGCAGCUGAGUGAUGGAACUGGCUGGAUGGAUGUUGAUAAUGAUCACAUAAUCGAGGCUCAGUACUGCCUGCCCCAUACCAAAAGCAUUAAACUCUACAACACACCAUGCGGGGCAGUGAGCAUAGAUUUUAACAGAAUGAGAGUGUAUGGAAAGAGCCUGAGAGUGAGACGUUUGGACGAUGGCAACACCGAGUGGACCUGGUAUUGCACUUUGCGUAAUAAGUGGAAUAAGUAUGGAGAAAAGGAUUCAAAGGGCAAUCCCAGCCCCGUGAAAAGCUCUGACAUAGAGCGGAAGUUUCAGAGUAACCCAUCGAGCUCUUUCACUUUCAACAUCGGUUCUGAUACCCUUGAAAUUAAAUUCAGAGAAAUGCGACAGGUGAGUAAAAAGAAGAAGAGGAAAGUGACUCGUCGACCAGUGUACCGAAAACUGCAAACAGGGGCAGGAGUUUCUCAAGUAGUCUCAGCUCUCAAGAAUGUUUCUGUGGGCACCAAACCACAGUGGCAGUUUCAAGGAAAGAGUGGAUCGUGGCACAGCUUCAAAUGCAGGAGCGGCACUAAAACUGAAUGCUCAGUAACCAGUGAUGACAUUGAGAGAAAAUACCAGCAAAACCCCCAAAACAGCAUGGUGUUCCAAGUGAAGGGAGACUCCUACAGUCUAGACUUCAAAGCAAUGACCCAAACCAACCUCAAGACAAAGCACAUCCGCAAGGUCAGACGUGUGCUGGUGUGAGCAUCAUAGAGGAUUUUGACCUCCACAGGACGAUCCACAAACCCUUGUGCAAUACUGUAUUAAUACCAUUAAUCUGGGAUUCAUUUAUUUGGGUGCUUACUUUUUAUUGUUGGCUUUCAUCGGAUUUGGAUCUAUAUUGGCCUUAUAAUGAGAUUUUGAAUAUUGUGUUUAAAUUAGACGAGGAUACGUUUUGAUUAUCUUGAAGGCUGCUGUGUUUUUAUUUUAUUUUAUUUUUUUUGUAACUUGGUUGCCACAGUAGAUGGUGUCAAAACACUUUGAAGUUUACUAACACACACCCCGCCUGACAAACCUGCUCUCAGAUAAUGUGCACAGUACAUUAUUUAUUUACUAUUUGCCUUUUUAGAAAUUAUUGUUUAAAGUGCUUGUCUUAAAAACUGAAUUUUUCAUGAUCUCCACUUUGAUACGUCUCAUUAAACGACAUUACUCCCUACACACUGCCAUAGCACAGAGAUGCAAUUAUUUCAGGGUGCUAAAUCUGAGGAAGAAAAUAAACUAUGGUACAAACACACACAUUUCAUAAAUGAUCAGACAUGUUUUUUUUACAUAUCUACCCACUGCCUUUUCUGCUGUGACUGACUGUAAGCCAAAUAUAGUGCAAACUGAAGGCCAUUUUGCACAUGACCUUCAAGGUGUUUUACCUCUGAAGCUGUAACUCAGGUGGCUGCAUUAUUCAAUCAAAUCCCUGUGAUUGUGGAUCUACAGUCCUUCAGCUCAUAUUAUUUUUCUCUGAGUAUUGGAAGAUUUAUUUUUUGCCUCAUAUGUAUUCUGCUUUUGAAUAUCAUGUAAUGGACAAUAAAAAAACACAAUUGCAAAUUUUAAC